GCAAUGACGUCACGGGGAUGCGCCGCCCGCCAUGGCGGGGUCGGUGGCGGGUCCGGCGCGCCUGGUGCGGGGCGGGCAGAAGGACGAGCUCUACCGGAGCGGGCUGCGGGCCGCGGCCGGCACCGCGCUGCACGGGGCCGCGGGUGCCAGGCAGUGGCUGCAGUGGAGGAAGGAGGUGGAGCUGCUCUCUGAUGUAGCCUACUUCGUCCUCACCACGCUGUCAGGUUACCAGACGCUGGGUGAAGAGUACGUUAACAUUGUUCAAGUUGACUCAACCAAGAAAAGGGUACCUGCCUUUCUUCGACGGGCUGUCUUUGUUGCUCUUCAUACUGUAGUACCUUACUGCUUAGAAAAGGGAUUACAGCACCUGGAACACGAGCUGCAGACAGAAGCUGAUGUGUCCAGCACCUUACAGAGCAACCCAGCACUUGGCUUACCCAGUAGGACCUUAAUACGAAGCUGGAUACAGAGGCAAGUUGGGGAUCUUACAGAGCAGCAGAAGAAGAGAGUCCUACAGAUCGUGUAUGUUCUUAAACAAAGCAUUCCUUUGCUUCAUCGACUGCAUCUGGCAGUGUUCUACAUAAGUGGCACUUUUUAUCACCUCUCUAAAAGAAUCGCAGGGAUCACAUAUCUGCACUUUGGAGGACUGCAAGAAGAUGAGAGCAUUCGAUCAAGUUACAAGUUUCUUGGAAUCAUUUCACUCUUCCAUCUUCUUCUAACAAUUGGUGUUCAGAUGUACAGCUUCAAACAGAAGCAGAGAGCAAGGCAGGAAUGGAAACUACACCGCAGCCUAGCUCAUCAGAAAAAUAUGACCAAUGAGAGGACUCCUGGGCGCCACUCCCGCUGCACACUGUGUUUGGAAGAACGGAGACAUACAACAGCCACUCCUUGUGGCCACCUCUUCUGCUGGGAAUGCAUCACGGAGUGGUGUAACACCAGAACAGAAUGUCCACUGUGCAGAGAAAAGUUUCAUCCUCAGAAACUAAUCUACCUACGUCACUAUCAACUCUAAAGGAAAUCUGCUGUUUGGUGACAACGGCCUCAGGUCUCAUACCCUUUAUAAAGUUGUCAUACAGUUUGAGUUAGUCCAAGAGAAAGACUUUUAUUAAAACUGGUAACUGCCUGUGCAAAGCGGCACUUCAUUCCUGCUGUACAGAAUAAAUGUAUUUCUGCCUCUA